CAUCUGUUGGCGCAGUGAAAAAGUUGGCGUCUGACUCACACCCACUUGGGCCUCGCUCCGCGCAGUCGACGCGAUGAUGAUCACUCUCGAGGGCCGCGAUACGAUGCGCCGCGUGACUAUGAGGCAGACAGAUGGGCAGGUCGGGAUCGCAACGAUGGCGCAUACAGGCGCGAAGAUCCGUACGCACGUAGAGGAGGAGAUCCUUGGCGCGAACAACCACCCACGAGCCGUGUAGAUGAGAUGAUGAGGCGAAGUCCCACACCACCAGGAACUAGGCGCAUCAGCGAAAGACUGCGAAAGAGCAACAAGUGGGACGUAAAGCCGCCCGGUUUCGAAGAGAUGUCGGCUCAGCAAGCCAAAGCGACUGGACUCUUUGGCACGCCAGGCCAGUCCAGAGGUGGUGCUGGCACGCAUGCUGGCUCCUCCCUUCCGCCCAUUCGCAUGGGCAGCGAUGUGGCUGGCUUGACCGACGCUCAGCGACAGGCGGCAGGCCUCAAUGGCACGUUGGCGGCCCGUGGACUGCGUAGAUUGUACGUUGGAAACGUGCAACCAAUGGCAACAGAGGGCGCAUUCAUGUCCUUCUUCAAUGCCAAGAUGCUGGAGAUGAACUUUGCUUCCAUGCCUGGCGAACCAUGCAUGUCAGUUCAGGUCAAUCCGGACAAGGGAUGGGCCUUCCUAGAAUUCAGAACUCCAGAAGAAGCUACAAAUGCGAUGGGCUUCGAUGGCAUAAUCUUCCAAGGUGCAAGCUUGAAAAUUCGCAGGCCAAAGGACUACACUGGACCCGAUGUCAACCCUCCCUCAAAUGUUCACGUGCCAGGCGUCAUCUCCACCAAUGUGCCCGAUGGACCGAACAAAAUCUAUAUCGGUGGGUUGCCAACGUAUCUGCAAGAGGAGCAGGUCAUCGAGUUGCUCAAGUCUUUUGGCGAGUUGAGAGCUUUCAACUUGGUCAGAGAAGCUGGCAACGGGGCCAGCAAAGGCUACGCUUUCUGCGAGUACGUCGACCACACUCUCACUGAAGUGGCUUGUGCAGGUCUCAACGAAAUGGAGCUUGGAGAUCGCAAGCUGGUCGUGCAGAAGGCUAGCAGUCAGUCAGGAGGACGCAAUGUCAACCCGAUGGGAGCUACCGGAUCCAACAUGGCACCUCUUGGUGCACCCGGCGCAGGCGGUCUGACGCUUCCCUCUGCAGCUGCUAAUGGCACUGGCGAGCCAACCCGAGCAAUGACGAUGCUCAACAUGGUCACGCCAAAGGAACUAGAGGACGACACUGAGUACGGAGAAAUUUUGGAGGACAUCGCAGAGGAGUGCUCCAAGUACGGCAUCAUCUCGGACAUUCGCAUACCCAGGCCCGUCGUUCAGUCCAAGGGUGCUGCUGCUCAAAAUUGGAAAACGACUGCCGCUGGCUCGAGCGGCGAGACGGACGCCGAGGGCAAGGUCAAGGAACGAGAGGGUGUAGGGCGAGUCUACAUCCGAUAUGAACAAGUGGACCAAUGUCAGCAAGCCCUGCGCGGGCUUGCUGGCAGGCACUUUGGAGGUCGAACCGUCAUUUGUGCAUUCAUCAACGAGGAUGAUUGGCCCGCCGAUGAAGACGGCGGUAUUGGAUCUGCGGGCCAAGAGGUCGCUGCAGCAUAAUGGUGCCCGUACCGUGCCUCAUCGUGUCGAAGCAUCUGUCGCUUCCAAAAAUUGCGCGCUACUCGCAGCUCACUCACGCAAAUCAUGUGGGCACGCUAGCGCCUGCGGUUUACAAAUCUGCAAGUCCAGCGCCGCCGCGCCCCAAAUUGUUCUGACGGCAUUCAGAUAAAAUCGUAGUAAUGACAGCUUGUGCCCAAUCUACGCGCUGUUGGCCGGCAGCAAGCUCUCACACAGUGCCGAGGAGACUGUCGAGUGGUGGUUGAAA